AUGCUCGCAGCGUCCAUGUUCACUCUCCAUAGCGGUAUUUUUGCCCGUGUGGUGGAAAAUAUGAUGUCAGACACAAACCCUAAUUGGGAUUUUGAUGCAGCACAGCAGCCUGUCACUAAAUCUGACCCCCAGAUGGACCCCUAUGCUAGCGUCCUCCUACGUGACAACAAUCCGCCCUAUCUGCAUACAAUCCACGAGGAACUGGAAGAGGAGGAUAGCGAGAUGGCCCACUAUAACUCGUUCGAUAGCACAGAGAACAGUGAUGAGAAGGCUACUACAACUGUAGGCCAGCAAACCACCGCGGACGAGGGUGUGAGUAAUGCUCAGUCACCUAUGGAGGAGGCAAACCGGUUCAUGGAGGAGAUACUAGCACAGGCCGUUUAUGCAAACAAUAACCGAAGUGACGUCACUGAACAUCCUGAUAUCUCCCGCUCUCGCACUGAUGACCAUGAGGAGGAAGUAACCUGUGUUUCGGGUGCGGACUUGAUCGUUCACACGACCGACCCCACAACAGAAGACCGUGACAUUAGUUGGCGCCGUUCCAAACAACCGCAGAUCGCCGACAUGGGUGCUCUUGCCAGUGAUGCAGGCCUUUUUAACCGUUCCUAUCAGAAUCCAUUGCAUUUGGCCGAGUAUGCGGCCAAUUUAGACGCAGACGCAAGUACCAGAUCCAGUUCAAGUCAUCCUGUUUCCGUCGAUGAUCGAGGGGACACUGUGCCGGACGCCUUUCCAGCUAUUGUCUUUGACUCUCCCUACCACUCAGAGGUCGGAAGUACUUCCUUCUUGCCAACAAAUACCCUUGAUCAAACAACAAAUCUAUCGCAGCGUGCUCGGUACUCUGUAUCCUUGAAGUUGCUCGAACUGCCGAGGUCCCACAGUCUUGGUGAACUGCAGACAAGUGUUUUAGCCACACAGGCACCUGAACGCUUCUUCUCAGCCAGUGACGUCUCUGGCCUUGCCUCAGUGUCCCUACCACCCGGCGUAUGUGCGCCACAAGUGUCUCGUCGCGAAAGAUCAGCCUCCCAGCCGCCCGGUGGUCGUACGACUGCUCCGCUCAAUGUCGGCGAGCUGGACUCCACGGCCAGUCGGCAUAAUACCCAGGCCACCUCUCCCACUGAGACACAGAUUCACAAUCUCACAGAGUGGCUCUUCUCCCCUACCCCAUCACCGCAGGUCUUU